CCUGCAUAUGUUAGGCCUAUAAUUAAAGAAACAAUUUCACCAGUUUGAUUUUUUUCUCAGGCUGUAUUAGGCAAGAUGGUAAAGAGAAACACAGAGCUGAGUGAGGAUCUAAUGAAUGCGCUGCUGGGUUGCAAACAUGAGAGUGACAAUUUCAAAGUUGUGAAAGGAAAUACAAUCGGCACUUUUGGUUUUUACGAAUGUCAAGGACGCCUAGAUGGUGCCGUGUGUAAAUAUUCUAAAGAUGAAAAGAUGGAUUACCUCCAUCGCGCUUAUGAGAAGGGGGUCCGGAAUUUUGAAAUGGAAGCGCCAUGCUUUGGAGCAAUGUGCAAAAUAACCGGCAUACAAGGUAUGAGAAUUGCUGUCUCACUAAAAUUAUAUAUUUAAUUUUAUUUUCUAAAG